AUCGGUCAGUGUUCGGACGUGCUAAAACAGUAAUUUUACUACAAUACAGUGGAUAGAAACAUUAUAUCGGGUUUGAAGUUUUUAAUCCUUUAUUUUCCGAGUAAAAACGUUAUUUCUUUGUACAACUAUGAAAAUGUUGUCGAUAGUACUUCAGAUACCUUUGUUAAUUUCGUCAGCCUUUGCUGCAACUAGGCUGGAUAUCGACUGUGGUGAAAAUGGUAUAUUUAAUUGUCAUGUAACUGAUCCAACGAUUUUCACUCGAUGUCUGGAAGGAUCUCUGUAUGAGUUCUACUGUCCAGAUGGACUACAUUUCAACACAUUGACACAGACCUGCGACUGGCCAGAAGCGGCUGACUGUACCUAUCUUAUUGGAGCGAACGGUGAUGUGUCUCAUCAAGCAGCAAAGAAAAUUAAAGCUCAAGACGGUGAUGACAAUGAAGACUCAUGGGUCGGGGAAAAUUCGUUGCAUAAAGAAGCUACAGAAUUACCAUGGUGGAGACCAGCUGGUGUUGAUCCCAAAUCCUGGGAGGAUGUGGAUGGUAUUUGGGAAUCACCAAUAGAAGUUAAAGGAUUUGUGCCAGAACAACCAAGCAGAAAGAAGGAGAACGAAGUAGAUGAAAGUGAUAAAGAGUCAAUCAAGGUGAAGAAAUCUCACAAGCCGGUAAACGUAGACACAUCAUCGUCGUCUGGUGGAGAUUUACCAUCAGAUAAAAUAUGGAGACCAGAUCUGGCUAGUGCUUCAAAUCGACAAGGGCGUCCACGAACACCUUCUGAGACUUUACAUCAUCUGAGACAGUUGCAGGUAAGUACACCACCGAAUGUUUUAGCUUUCUGAACACAUAAUCACACCCCAGUUAAUAGUUUAAACUGAUAAUUUAUAUUUAUUUGUCAUGACAGUAGGUAAUAUAUACAUAAACCACCACUUUCUUAAACGUAUCAAUACUACAUUGUAAGUAUAACUUAGAUUCAUAACUUGAUGUCCUGCGGGUGGUGGAAACUAACGCAUAGUGUUGACGUUGUUUUUGAAUCAUGAACUCUAACCUACCUUAGUUAAACCUUCAAAUUACCCUUGAUGUUGUCGGCUUUAGUGUGGUUCUCUAAGGUAACCAGUAAACGAAAAAUCACAGAAUUUUUUGGAAAGAAAAAUUAGUUUAUUUAAAUGAAAAUUAGUUGUCAUAUAGAAAAACUAGUUCAUUUGUAGAAAAAUUAGUUUGUAACAGGACAGUUAGUUAGAAUAAAGAAUAACAUGAACAAUGAGUAGAAAAACCGGUUAGAUUAGUUUGGAUUAAGAUAAAUUUAACUUUUAAUUAGGAUAAAGCAAUUGAU